AUGAGGAGUUUAGGGUUUAGGUAUUCAGAUAAGGUCUUGAAAGGCGACUGCUUUAUUGUCGAUCCUUAUGUGGACUUCAGAAGCUUAUUCAGGGAUAAAUCACUGAAGGAGAGUCUUUUAAAACGAGGGAAACAGGUAGGUCUUGAUUUGGUGGAAAAAAAUUACGCUUCGUGGUGGAGUUGUUAUCAGACGUACCUUAACGAUUCAUCUGUGAGUUUAAUCUUUUAUUUUUUAAUCUAAUUUAUUUGCUUUUUAAUUUUGAUGUUAUUCGUAUGUUUCAGCCAACGAACAAACAAGUUUUGAAAAGCAGUUGGCCCAGUUUGCAAGCAGUUUUAAAACUUCCACCUGUGAUUCAGGAGUGUCACAUUGGAGAAAUAAAACAAUGUGAUGUGGCAAAUAAACAUCAAGUUAGUGCUGAAUUUGUUUUAGACGACGUAGCUUUAGAAUGUAUGAAUAAUAUCAAAAAUGCUAUUCGAGUGUCAACUCCGUCGAUUGUGCGAUCAGCUGUGUUGGAGGGAUGUAAUGUAGAAGUAGAUAGACACCUAGGUAUCGCCGACAGUGAUCCUCAAAAUUAUGUCGUGGGUGAGUUAAAAAUAAGUGUUAAAGUGGAUAAAACUGAUAUUUAUUAAUUAAAUUAGUAUGAAAUUGUUUUUAAAUGUGAAUUUUGAAUUAAAUAUUUUAUUUUUUAGGGACUUCAUUACCUUCUACAUUAUCUCUUCUGGUAAGAAAGGAACUGACCAACAGCAAGGUAUUUCCUUGCACUCUUAUAUCUGCAGGAAAGGGCUACAGCGCUAACAAUGGCCAGAUACUGGAACAGAAACUGGUUUCUUUGUUGAGAUUGAGCUCUUCAAAUGGCUUUACUGAAUUACUCAAUGAUGUAGUGUCGAUUAUUGCUAGAAUCAACCCUAAUGUCACGAUAACUCCAGUACAACCAAAUGACUUGACCAACUACGAAGCAGCAGCUUGUACCAUUGCCAUUGAUAGAGUUGAUGUGGCCAAAGUGUCUAGUGUUGGGGACUACAUCAGUAGAAGACUUCACGUUGUGAAAUCGGGACGUUUCGUUAAUAUGACUCACGCCCUUAUUUACUGUGAUUUGUUGAAGAAGUUCGUUGAUUAA